AUCGUCAAGACCACCCAUUAGUUAAGAUGGCGGCGCCCAUAAAUAAUCCUAAUGCAUCAAAUCCACAUGAGUUAAAUGAAUUCGGUAUUCCUAAAAACAUGUCAACAGAUCAUGUUUCGAAUUUUAAUUUAAUUAUAGAUCACGUAAUUGGUAAUAAGAAGUUACCAAAGAAAGAUGUAAGUGUUCCGAUUGGGGGUAUACCACAGAUGCCCUUGACAAAGGAAGAGCUGUUCAUUCGAGACAUAUUUGAUAGUUGUGCUUUUAAGUCGUCAGCAAGUUGUGUGGUUGGUAAGGAUAAUUAUUAGAUUUAUAUUAUCAAAUUAUUUCUUAGUAAAACAUAAGGUUAAUGAAACCUUUGCAUUUUGCCUUGAACUCUGGUACUUUUUCAGUGUUUCCCAACCUUUUUAUGAUAUUAUAUUACUUAAAAUUAAUUCAACUCCAUCAUACCGUUUCAUCAGUAUUACUAAUUACAUUAAUUAUGGAUGGCUGCAUUAAAAAUAAAAUUUCCACGUUAUAUCUUUACAUUAAUUUUUUCCUAAGAAAGCAAUCCAUGCCUUGGCAGCAUCCUUUUUAUAAACUGGGGGAUAACCAUUUAAAAUUUAUUUACCAUUUCCUUUAAAAUGAGAGAUCCAAUUCAAUGUGAAAAUGUGGCAAAACAAUGGGAUGGAAUAAAUUAGCAUAUAGGACGAGAGUGAUUAAAUGAAUGUAUGAGGCAAAUCUAAAUGGUAACUAAUAGUAAUUUAAAUAGGCUACUAUAACUGGCUAAAACUAAAGGUAAUAAGAGGGAGAGACUGCAAUCAGGUUAGAUAGAGGGAAAUAAGUAUAAGCUAAACAAAUUAUGGGAAAACUUGAAAAAAGGAAGCAACAAAACAAUCAAUGUUUCAGCAAGAAGCCUUCUUCAACAAAGAAGCAACAGUAAAAACAAUAUAAAAAUAAACAUUUAGCCUUAGCUACAAUGUAGUUCCAUAUCCUAGAAAACAGAAAGAGGAAUGUGAUCAAAUAAAAGGAGGUGAGAGAGUUUAUACAGGCUAAAUGAGACGAAAGGGAGAAAAAGUAAGUGAACUGCGAUUGGUCCUAACAAGGGUGCAGAGAUAAUGUUUAACAAGAUGAAGGAGAACAUGACUUUCAUGCCAAAUGGUGUCAAGGUCCCAUAAGUGUCAAUUAGUUUGUUCUCCAAGUUCACUCUGACAGCUGUGUUAGUUCAAGACACAAUGGCAGGGAUAACAAAAUAGUAUUAGCUUUUAAAAGUACAAUAUAGGCUUAGGCUAGUGUGCCGCCACGAGCAUCCAUUAUUAAUCUUGUUAAUCAAUUUAUUCCAGAAUUUGCAUAGUUCUUUUUAAGGCAAUAGAAACUUGUAAACUUUAAUACUGCUGGCAUAUGUUAGGGUUUACUAGUGCUAGGAUUUUAUAAAUAUUCUACAUAUGUAGAGCAGGCCUACACAACAUAUGGCCCGUGGGCCGCAUAUGGCCCGCCAGCACCCAUUUUGUGGCCCGCACAAGUCCUGUCCUAUUUUCUUUUUGCCCUCACACGUUUUUCAUAAUGAAUUACGGCCCGCCUUACAUUUUGAGUUGUGCAGGCCUGAUUUAGAGUAUUCAAAAUUAUUAUUAUAAAAACAGUCCAUUUUCAUUGAUUAUAGCGGUGCUACAGGCUUGAACAAACAAUUAGUGAAGCCUGAAUUUUCUGCUUUAAACUUUUAAAUGCAAGCAAAUUCAUUAUUUUUGCAUUUCAGGAUUUGCUCUGGGUGCAGCAUUUGGUUUGUUUACUGCUGGUGUUGACCCGAUGUCUACAAUGAGCACAGAGACACCCACCACACGAAUGGUGCUGAGAGAAAUGAAAGCCAGAUCUUUAUCCUAUGGCAAGAAUUUUGCUCUAGUGGGGGCCAUGUUUGCAGGAACAGAAUGUCUUGUUGAGUCGGUGAGUUAGAUGACUUGCUUUUUUAUCGGGGCCCGAAGUUUUAUUUUGCACCUUCAGUUGACCAGCAAGGGUGACUGUAGCUCAGAAAAUACUUUUCGGUCUGCCGAGUCAUUUCUAAGGAUGAAAACAAUUCUAGAUAUUGAAAACUGAGGAAAACUCCUACAACAACGUUGCCGUUUGAAGGUUUCAUUUUCUGUUUCUCAAGAUAACUAAUUUUUUGAUUUAUCACUGAUCUAUCACAGAUUAUUUCAUUAACGUAAAUUUUUUAUAUCAGUUAAAAUUGCUUUAAAUGAUAUAAAUAAAGACAUGGAAUACUGUGGUGUUAUUUUCUUUUUUCUUCUUCAGUAUCGAGGGAAAACUGAGCUCAUCAAUGGAACAGCAUCUGGAGCAAUAGUUGGUGGAGUGUUGGGACUAAGAGGUAAGUUGUCAAAUGAAUUUAAUAAGAUUCUAACUUUGAUAUAUCUUUUUUUAUGAUUCAUUUUAACACGUUUUUUUAUUUUAAAAAAAUUGCAUCUAUAAUUUCACCAAAGGGUUAACUUUCUAGUAGUUUCAAAACAGAAUUUAAAAAAUCUCCCUGCUGUUGUGUAGUUUUUAGGAAAGUUCUGGAAUCUUUCAGCCAGUUAUGUAGGUUCUAGGCACGUUUUGGAGUUUCUAGCUCACCUAUUUAAAUACAUUUUUUUUUUCUAGCACAAACCAAAACAGUAUUCAAUAUAUUUUAACAGGACCUUAUCUGUUUAUUAGCUAGAAGUAGCAGACUCAAUGAAAAUCGUCUCUUUUUUUAUUAAAGUUGUUUUUCUGUUAUCUGUCUCUGAAUUUCAGCUUUAUUCAAAAGAAAUACUGUCUGUGUCAAGACAUAUCCCAAUCACUUUCAUUUGUUCAGCUAUCACAGUAUCACUGGGCACAGUAGCAACCUCAUUAAUUUUAAUUUUUUUUUAUAUUUAAUGUUUUAGCUGGACUGAAGGCUGGUAUAUUUGGUGCAGUUGGAUUUGCCAUCUUUUCAACAGCGAUAGAUUACUACAUGAGGCACUUGUAGCAUUGGCUAAUCACCAGAUCAUGCAUCCUUGCAAGUUUAAUAGUGUAGUCUGCGGAACUGACAGUGUCCAUUUCAACAUUCACAUUAAAUAAAGAUGUGUAAAUGGAUUUUUAACUGUGAUCUAAUCCACACAAAAAAAAUAUUUUGUAAAUGCUUACUUUCGGGACAAUGUAUAAAUGAAAAUAUUUAUAGUUGUUCUAAUGAAUGAUGGUCUGCCUCUGUGACUUGGUGGGCAUUUCAAGUCAGCUAAGAGUUUUAUUUUAGCUUUUGUGGAAAACAGAUAUGUUUUUCCGUUAGUUAUGACAAGCUCUGUCCAUGAUCCACUGGGGGGAGACCUUAUUGAAUGACUUAAUGGCAGUUGGUGAGAUUGAGCAAUAAAUGGGGGCUGUUUGAUUGACCGCUAAGUGAUUUGAUUGAAUGAUUGACCAUUGAGUGACUUGAUGAUUGUUUGAAUGAUCACUGAGUGACUUGAUGAUUGUUUGAUUGCACAUGUCUGUUUGACUGUCCAUUGAUUGACAAGCUCAGUUUUGUGUAAUUUUUCUAAGUAUGAUGUGCUGUUAAGCUCCAAUGUUUUUAACUAAAUAAAUGAAUGGCAUAUAUCUUGAAUUUUAAA